UUUAUCAGACUGGCAUAUAUUUUGCAAGCUUGAUUUUUGACUCUGUGGGUAGAUCUCUGUAAAGACAUUGAAAGUAAAGACAGUUUUAAAUUGAUUAGAUAGUUGAAAAACAUCCCAGUUCCACCAUGUUCCAUCCCAUACAUUGUUAUUUUAGGCGGUUAUGGAUGACUUGUCAGCCAUCUAACCUCAGACAUUCAGUUCAGAGACCUUUUAAAUAUUUGGGAACUUAGGCCUCACUAGUUGUAUAGUCAGCCUAAUUAAAGCACUUGAUAUGAGUGCUUAAACUGUGGAUGCUAUGUCCCCUCAGUUGCAGUAGAUCUAGGCUGCAUUUAAUUUCAAUCAUGUUGUGCAAGUAUCCAAAAGGUAUGUUCACCAAAUUAUGUUUUGUAGUACUGAAAAUAUAUGCAAUCUACAGGAGAAGAACGAAGGUAGGCAUAAUCAUUUUCCAAACGGAUUUUCCAUGUCUUCAAAGUACAUUGGCUACAAUAUCAAAGCAUGUUUUAUAGAGGUAGUAGACUGAAAACAUGGGUGUGUCUUUCCAGUCAUCACAGCAAGUCAAAUGAAAACUGUUGCUGAGUUAGAAAAUUGAGGUUAGCAAGGACAGACAUUUCACAUUUUUCUCUACCAUUGUAUGCAACUGGCUAUGUUUAAAAGAAAAUAGUAUUUUUUUAAAAAAAAAGCUUCAAUGAAUUGGGAUUAACUGAAAAGGAUUUCUUCAUAAAAGCAGCAAUUGAUAAAUUUGACAUUACUCUUUCAAAUUUUAGUGAGAUGUGCAAGUGCAUGAGUUUUAUUAGAAAUUGUGAGGAAUAUUACAAAGAAACACAGGUAAGAAGCAGAAUCGUUUGACUACUUAAUACUGCUCAGUAUUUGGGCAGCUAUUUCAGUAUUACUUAUAGUAGUAAUGUUUACUUGCUAAUGAUCUUGGAAUAUACUUUGUAUAUAGUUGUGUAAAAACCUCAUCAGAUAAUAUAUGCCUUCACUAGAAUGAUUCCUAUUGUUUACAGUUAGUUAGUAUCAAACAUGUUACAUUUCCUAUCAUUUGUGAAUGUAUGUGGUUUUCCUUAAUGGUUUUCUAUCUAUCUUAAUGCUUUGGAAAAAAAAUCUUCCACAAUGUGUGUAAAGAUAUGCUAUUUUGUGAGGUACUGGAUUACAGAGUUCUGGGUUAUGUUCAAAAUGGACUCUAAACUGUCCACCACUAUGGAAGAAUUUCAAGAACUGGUUAAAGCUAGUGGUGAGGAGUUACACUGUCAUCUCAUUGACACAACUCAAAUAAAUUCUAGGGAUUGGCCUAGAAAGCUGACACAGCGUGUAAAGGCCAACACUAGUAAGAAACGGAAAGUCUCGCUUCUUUUUGAUCACCUUGAGCCAGAGGAGCUGUCAGACCACCUUACCUAUCUUGAAUUCAAGUCUUUCAGGAGGAUAUCAUUCUCAGAUUAUCAAAACUACAUUGUGAAUAGUUGUGUGAAGGAGAAUCCAACAAUGGAAAGAUCAAUUGCUCUUUGCAACGGAAUCUCUCAAUGGGUGCAGCUAAUGGUUCUCAGCAGACCAACUCCACAGCUUCGGGCUGAAGUGUUCAUCAAGUUCAUUCAUGUUGCACAGGUGUUUAAUGAAAUGACAGAACUGCUUUCAUCUUACAGAAAUUAUGAUAGUUACCGACGUGCCUAUAACGAGUGCAGUAACUUUAAGAUCCCUAUCCUUGGUGUCCACCUGAAAGACUUGAUAUCACUUUAUGAGGGCAUGCCAAACUACUUAGAGGACAAAAAAAUUAACAUAUACAAAUUAUACUCUCUGUAUAACCACAUAAAUGAGCUGAUACAACUCCAGGAAAUGCCACUUCCCCUGGAGGCUAAUAUGGACCUUGUUCAUUUGCUUACACUGUCCCUUGAUCUUUACUACACAGAAGAUGAAAUUUAUGAGCUUUCAUACGCACGAGAGCCGCGAAGUCACCGAGCUGCUCCUUUGACACCUUCCAGACCACCGGUAGUUGCAGACUGGGCCUCAGGAGUAGCUCCAAAACCUGAUCCAAAAACCAUCAGCAAACAUGUUCAGAGGAUGGUAGAUUCUGUCUUCAAAAAUUAUGACCAUGAUCAGGAUGGAUACAUUUCCCAGGAAGAAUUUGAAAAGAUAGCUGCCAGUUUUCCAUUCUCAUUUUGUGUAAUGGCUAAGGACUGGGAAGGUCUGAUUAGCAGGGAUGAAAUAACAGCUUACUUUAUGAGGGCUAGCUCAAUCUAUUCCAAAUUAGGACUUGGCUUUGCUCACAACUUCCAAGAGACCACUUACUUAAGGCCUACUUUUUGUGACAACUGUGCUGGAUUUAUGUGGGGAGUCAUUAAACAAGGAUACAGAUGCAAAGACUGUGGAAUGAACUGUCACAAGCAAUGCAAAGACCUGGUUGUGAUAGAGUGCAAGAGAGGACCCAAAACUUCAGCUGCAGACAGCAGCCCAACAUCUGCUUUUGCUUCAAGCCUCUGCCCAGUAGGAGUCAAAGAGCAAUUCCAUGGACAAGAAGGAUCAUUCACAUUUCCUAAUGGAGAAGCAGUGGAACACAAUGAAGACAGCAAAGACCGAACCAUUAUGCUCAUGGGUUCCUCAGCUCAGAAAAUCUCAGUGAGACUGAAACCAGCUGUGGUUCAUAAAGGUACACAGACUGAUCCUGUACUGCUGGCUCGUGAUGUAUCUGGUAGGCAGACAAAGAAAGAACACAGGAUGCCAGAAAAUCUGUGUCUCCAGGCAGCUCCACCAUCUCCAUGUCCAAGCCCAGUUAUAGGCCGCAAAAAGGCAUAUGUUAAAUGGGAGAACAAGGACUCUGGCCAGAAAAUUACAGAGGAGCAUCACAGCUGUAAACCCUCAUACCAGGAACUUGAGCAGGAACGAAAUAUUCUAAAGGCAGACAAUGAAGGUUUAAAGAUCCAACUGGAACAUGCACAUAAAACAAUUGAAUCUCUCACAAUCCAGGGAAGAAACCAUGUAGUCGACAAUCUUCAACACAGAGACUGCUCCUAGCAGACAAGAGAGGAAUUCUCCUAUGGAAGAAUCUAAGAUUGAAUAAGGGGUUGUGAUAAAGCUGCUUUACCAAAUGAACUAGAGAGAAAGUCUGAAGAGUGUUAAACAGACAUGUUCUCUUUACUCAACACAUUUCCAUAUUAAACAUUCACUCCCAAAUGUAAAAAUCAAUUCCUUUGACUUUAUAAAAGCAUUUUAGCAUUAUCUGUGCAAUGAAAAUAGUAUCUUCUGAGCUUGCUUUUAAAAGGAGUGACAUUGCUGCUGAAGUUUCUGUUCAUGAUGAAGACCAUGUGGAUUCCCCAGUGACUUGGCUGCCAGCAGCACACCGUACUUUACAAGUGGUCUGACAAAGCAGCUGUUCAUAAGACUGUGUCACCUCAGACUUGGUCCAAAUUAAGGUUUGUGAAAACAUGUUUGAUAAAGCUGAGUAUUUAAGUAAAACUGUAUAGAUACUCCAUUAAGAGAAACAGUUCCUUCUCAUGGUGGCUGAAGCCAAUUAGAAUUGUGACAUGGACAAUCAUCUUUAUUUCCAAAGUUUAACUAGACUAUUAAAAUAAGUAGUAGAGCUAAUGAUAUUUGAUUCGUAGACUAAGAUAAACUGACAAUUCUUUAAAACCUCUUUCAAGCUUUGUAAGUCUUUCUGAUCAAACACUUACCUUUGUUAAGGUAAAAUAGAUGAGAUGGUAGAGUUUACAUUGAAUACUGUUCCCAUUUUUUUGUGUUCCAUGCCACAGCUUGGAACACUUAGCCCUACCUAUUUGGCUUGAGGGAUAACUUGUCCACAGACAGUAGACGUGGGUGGGACAAGGCUGAUUAUUUUUGUCUCAUGUCAUAGUGGAUGCCAUUGUUAAGUAGAACUUCAAGAGCCGUAUCAUGACUGAAACUGUACAGUAAUCCCAGUGCAACAAAUACUGUAUUCCAGAGCUUCUAACAUCUUCUGGUUCUAACCAAGGUUCUUCCGGUUUCUCUCUCCUAGAUUUAACAUGCACUUUAGGUUAUGAGUCAAGAUGAGCGUUCUCUUAUGUGUGUAAGUUUUGUACAGUAAAAGGUGCUAGGGAGGUAACUUAAGUCUUCUUAAAGCUACCAAGUGUAUGUAUUUUUAAGAGACAACAGAACAGUCUUUCAAAAGUUACUGAUAAAACUACUUGUCAGAAUAGCCAAUUUUUAAAUUGCAUUUGUAUUUCUUGUACAGACAAGAAUCUGUACACUUGUAUAAAACUCACAUCAAACAGGGAUUUGAUGUUAAAACAUCAUAAACUUAUGCCUUUGAUAUAUUUAUGUACAAAGACUACUUAAUACUCCUCAAAACUCCUUCACUUACAAGUUCAUUUUAGAUUUAAAUUUAGUCAGCUUAUUUCAAUGGCAUGUGUACUUUGUGUUCAAAAUGGUAUAGAUGUACGUUCCAUCCACAAUUUACAGUCCUUACCUAGCAUACGAAUGCUUUAUUUAUGAAAAAAGUCCUUUUGAAACUACCUGCUAGUUUAGUAGUUCCAAAGUCUUGUUUUGAACUUGGAUUGUGCUUUCAUCUCCAUGUAUAAGUAAAUACAAAUAGAGGAAAAUAGUGGUAGUAGAUUUUCAGUUACCUUACUGUAAAUAAGUGAGACACAUAGGACAAAACGCAGCAGCUGUGAAGGUUGUGCAGCUUUUUUUUUUCCUCAUACACUAAACCUGAAUUAUUAACAAUUAACACGGAAUUGCACUUUGAUCAAUGAAGCGAUCAGAAUGGCUUUCGGGUCAUGUCUGCAAACUUGCUUUGCCCAUGUUCUGUAAGCUUCUUGAUUUUAUCCUCUAUUCAGGGAACUACAGCAAGGCAUAUUUCUAAUAGGCAAUUAGCAAAUGUCUGUUUCUGCAACACUUAAGCAAGAUGAAUACAUUUUCACAUAUUUUGAAAAUACCCCAAGAGAGCAGCUAAGACUCAUAAAUCUUGGGCAGCUAAGGUAACUGCUCGCUUGUGGUCUAAACUCUGGAUUCUAAUAGAACUUGUGUGUAUGCAUAUACUUUGUCUACACUGGGGGGGGUGGGCAUCAUGAACAAACUCAUAUUUAAAAAGAAAAUUCCCAAACAUCAGCAGCUGGCACAAAGGCUACUGUUACUAGGUUGAGUACUUCAUACUCAAAAUUGAGUUUUGACCAUAGAUUUGUACAGUUUGAAAUGCUAACUUAAUGUUUCUCUGUGCUGUCUUCUUCUUCCUACAAACAGUCUGAAUUACUUAAAAAGGAUCUGCUUGCAGGAAUGUCUUACAGAACAAGUAUGUGGUGCUUCAUCUAUGCUGAAAACUUCUUGCUAAGAAGCCAGUUGAUACCUGGAGAAUUUCAGAGCUCUCAAAGUACCUUCAGGUUCUCUGUAUGCCCAAACCCUACAGUUUUCU